UAUUUUCACCAUGACUUCUACUUGUGUAGUUCAGAGCAAGAGCACCAUUUUACCAAAGAAAAAGUCCGACAUAUGUCCCUCGCGACUGGCUUCGCAAAUAUAUUUUCAAUUUUUUUUUAAAAGCCAUUAAUAUUCCACACCAUGGCUUUUGCUUGUGUAGUUCAGAGCUAUGGGUCGCUUUCAAGCAGCAAAUUAUCCUUGCUUGUGGAUUUUACCAACUUAUACAAAAUAUUUUCUUGAAUGUCAGCCAAUUUGCCAAACCAACAACUUUUGAGGGUAAUUCAUAGUUGAAUCCUUUAUUUAGUCCUUGCCCAUCUUCUUCUCCUAUAAAAACCCAUUCACUUAAUUGCCCUGUAAAACUCGAUUGGGAAUCAAAAUCCUUUUCCGUAUCCCAUUUCGUUUCUCAAGGGAUCUGGUCAUAAUGGGAAGUUUGGGAGCCAUUUUGAAACACCCAGAUGAUUUUUACCCGCUUUUGAAGUUGAAAAUGGCCGUGAGGCAUGCAGAGAAGCAGAUCCCACCAGAACCUCACUGGGGUUGUUACUCCAUGCUUCACAAGGUCUCUCGUAGCUUUGCUCUAGUCAUUCAGCAGCUUGGUCCUCAGCUUCGUAACGCUGUAUGCAUAUUCUAUUUAGUUCGAGCCCUUGAUACUGUUGAGGAUGAUACAAGCAUACCUACAGAUGUGAAGGUGCCUAUUCUGAUAGCUUUUCACCGUCAUAUAUAUGAUUGCGAGUGGCAUUUUUCUUGUGGUACUAAGGACUACAAAGUUCUCAUGGACCAGUUUCAUCAUGUUUCAACUGCCUUUCUAGAGCUUGGGAAAAGUUAUCAGGAGGCAAUCGAGGAUAUUACAAAAAGAAUGGGUGCAGGAAUGGCUAAAUUCAUAUGCAAGGAGGUGGAAACAGUUGAUGACUAUGAUGAAUAUUGCCAUUAUGUAGCUGGACUUGUUGGACUAGGCCUGUCCAAACUUUUCCAUGCCUCUGGAUCAGAAGAUUUGGCACCAGAUGUCCUCUCCAACUCAAUGGGUUUAUUUCUUCAGAAAACAAACAUUAUUAGAGAUUAUUUGGAGGAUAUAAAUGAGAUCCCUAAGUCACGCAUGUUUUGGCCUCGUCAGACCUGGAGUAAAUAUGUUAACAAACUCGAGGACUUGAAAGAUGAAGAGAACUCAGUCAAGGCAGUGCAAUGCUUGAAUGAUAUGAUUACUAAUGCUUUGAUUCAUGUGGAUGAUUGCUUGACAUACAUGUCUGCAUUGCGAGAUCCCGCUAUAUUUCGAUUUUGUGCCAUCCCUCAGGUCAUGGCAAUUGGAACCCUAGCACUAUGCUACAACAACAUUGAAGUAUUCAGAGGUGUAGUAAAAAUGAGGCGUGGUCUUACUGCUAAAGUCAUCGACCAAACAAAAACUAUGGCUGAUGUCUAUGGUGCUUUCUUUGACUUUUCCUGUACGCUCAAGUCCAAGGUUGACAGGAGUGAUCCUAAUGCAGAAAAGACAUUUAGCAGGGUGGAAGCAAUACAAAAAACUUGCAGGGAGUCUGGACUUCUAAACAAAAGAAAAUCUUAUAUUAUUAGAAACAAGCCAAGAUAUAAUCCUGCUCUGAUUAUCCUACUUGUUAUUAUAUUGUCCAUCAUUUUCGCUUAUCGUUCUGGGAACCAAGCAAGCAACUAAAGAUGGUAACUCCCUUGAACUUCCUGUGUACUUACAUGGGUGGCUAGCUACUAGAGUGUGUGAUUUGUUUCAUGGAACUUCGAUUUCUGAUCAUUGCAUAUGACGUAUCACUGUGUGUAUCUAAUAUAAAAAUGUCUUGGUGUACUCCAUGCCUAUGGACUCCAUUUUGUCAUGCAGAUCCUGUUAAAGAAAUUUUAAUAAAUGUUGAAGAUGCUAAUACCACACGCUUAUUUUCUUUGAUUU